CCACCCGCCAUAAGCACCACCGCCAGAGAACGAGCGCAGGUCUCGGGCUCGCCGUCGGGCUCAGAUAUCGAGUCGGAAGAGUCUGACAACGACGGGUCUUCGCCAUCACCGCUUCCGCCUUCUCCUUCUCCCGCCCCCAUCACCAGGAAGCCAUUGCGCAGCGCGAUGAAAGGCUCGCGUAGCGCCUCGCGAAGUGCCACAUCGAAUACGCCAACGACUACGACGAGCAACAGCACAUCCGACAAGGCGGCCUCAGCCUCGGCCUCGAAACGCCUGCCCGCCUCCGUCCCUCCACAAGCUGCCACUCCGCGCGCAAUGUCACGCACACCCGUCCCAGCCACGCGAGCAUCAAACACGCCCAAGCCGGUCACCACGAUGGCGCCACGACCUCCGUCUACGACACCUCGUCCGCUCUCGCGCGUCACGUCGGGCGCGUCAACGCCGCGUGCAGCCAACCGCUCCGGCUUGCACAGUUUAAGCUACUUGAAGAGCCUGCCUCCUGCUGAGAUUCCCAAGCCCGUAUACACGGGGCCGAUGCCGAAAGCGAAGGGCACCGCAGCCGAUGAGGAGAGCAGCAGCGACAGCGACAGCGACAGCAGUUCGAGCAGCGACUCGGACGAUGACGAGGCGAAGAAGAAGGAGAGGAAGCCCAAGAAGAGUCGGUGGAGCGGGCUUGUCGAUCUGGCGAACGCAAACAGCUUCCCCAUGUAAGAUGACGACGGCGGCGGCGGCGGCGGCGGCGUAAGGGCAGAGGAGUCUAUGAUCAUCACGAGGGCAGACGUACUUAGUGGCUUGCUUUCGACGAUUGCGUACAUAGCACAUGAAUAAACCCA